GAGCAGUUUCUCUUUUCAAGUCAUCACGAAUUUAAUCCAAUCCUCUUUUGGGUCAAUCAAACAAUAAUAGUCUGCCCUAAGCUCUUCUCAAAAUCAUCAAUCAUCAUCAAUGGAUCUGGAGAUCGUUGGCCGUCACGCUCUCUUCUUCGACGAUGAUUCGAUGGCAACCUUCGUCAACUCCUCGACGGCGCUCGUUGACUGGAACAGCCUUUUCAUUGACCGCUACGAUGUUCGCCACCUCCUCUCUUCCCUCCCUCCUCCGCGUCCCAAGCGCCGCCGUCCGAUCUCUGACGAUCCUGAUUUGGAUGCUGAUCUCGAUCACGAGCGCUAUCUUGAUUUACCGGCGGAUUCUCCGCCUCCGUCGCACGAUGAGAGUGAUAUCAAUGAUGGUUCCGCAAGUGCAAAUGCCGAUGGUUUUCGUGCUGUCCCCUAUUCAUAUGGAAGCUCCAGUGAUUUCGGUGACCAGAAAACUGCAGAUAUGGAAUCUGGGUUUAACCCGCCUUUCCCAGUGCCUGAUUAUUUACUUCAACACCUGCCCCCAACUGAGAAAUUACAUCAGAUCAUGGCAAGAACUUCGAGUUUUGUAAGCAACCAUGGUGGGCAAUCUGAAAUUGUCUUGAGAGUCAAACAAGGAGGCAACCCAACAUUUGGGUUCUUGAUGCCAGAUCAUCAUCUUCACCCUUACUUUAGGUUUCUUGUUGAACAUCAAGAGCUUUUGACAGGAAAAUCUACCGUAGAAGAUAAGAAUAUUGAAGGUGGGAAGGAUGGUGGAGCUUUGUCUUUGCUUGGUUCGGUUUAUGGGACUGUAGAAGAUGAAGAUACCAAAGAAGAGUCAACAAGGGACUGUGACACAAACGAAUCUGCUGAAGCUGAUUCCAGUGGACCGGAAGGGUCAAAAGAAGCUGCAAAGAUUGCCACAGUGAGAGGUGUAGCCUCUAAGCAUUCUCUUCCGUCCAAUGAUCAAGCACCUUUUAUAAAAAGAAACCCUUCUGUCAGCGCAGUUAAUGUUGUUGAGAGGAAGCAGAUAAAUGCAGAAGAUGAUUUUACAGAAAAACCUUUGGCUUCUGAAAAGUUGAAAUCUUCGACAAUGCUGGCACAACCCAAGAUUGAACAGCAAAUUGUGGAGCCGCCUAUUGAGAUGAAAAGAGCGAUUGAUAAGAUAGUUGACUUCAUCCAAAAGAAUGGGAAAGAACUUGAGGCUACUCUUGCUGCACAGGAUGUUAAAUACGGGAUGUUUCCAUUCUUACGUCCAGCUAGCUUAUACCAUGCAUAUUAUCGGAAGGUUCUCCAAGAGGCUGAAGAGUUAAGAUCAUGUAACAAAGGCGAUUUUACCAAGGAAGACAUGAAGCAAGAGAAGAUGGACAGUGCGGUAAAAGGUGACAAACUUGCUGUGGGGAGUGUCAUACAGGAUGAUUCUGCAAAGAGAGAGAAACAAAAAAUGGUUAGUGACAAACCAAAGACUGAGUUACAGAAGGAACCAUUCAAGCCCGUCGAACGGCAGAUGAGGGUCAAUGUAGAUGUGAACACUGCUGCUGCUAUUCUCGAAGCUGCCAGAAGAGGCAUAAGGAAUCCCCAGUUAGGGAUCCUAUCAGGUAAACCCUUGGAUGAGACUUCUCAGAGCCUCGGAAAUGAUGGAAGUAAUACUUCAUCUAAGCCCCCUGAUUUGGCCAAAUCUAUGGGUCAACUGAAUUCUGGCUCGGCAGCUGCUAGUGAAGCUGAUUCUUCUGAAGCAGGCUUGACGAAGGAGCAGAAGUUGAAGGCAGAAAGAUUGAAACGUGCAAAAAUUUUUGUGGCCAUGUUAAAGCCCGGUGCCCAGGCAUCGCAACAAGCUGAACCAUCGCGAAGCGUAUCAGUCGAACCGUUGGGUCUUGGAUCAGGUUCUGAUGCUGCCAAAGAAAGUAGCCCACGUCUAUCAGAAGCUGAGACGAAACAAGCAGAUGAUGGUAACAGUGAAAGACGAUCAAAGAGAAAUUACCGCUCCAGAUCACAGAAAGAUGAAAAUGAUGAAAUAGAAGAAGACGAUAAGGAGAGCAGCAUGGAGGAAGUCACUGAAGAUACCAAGACUGGGAAGAAACAUUCAAGUAGAAAACGACAUGAUAGGUAUAAGCAUAAGACACGACACUCUUCCAAGGACAGACAUUCACGGGACAAGCACAAGCAUGAGAGUUCAUCGGAUGAUGAGUAUCACAGCCGUUCCCGUCAUAGGCACGCACACCGCAAAUCUUCAGACAGGCAUGAGCUAUAUGAUUCGUCCGACACUGAUCGUGAGCACCGACACAGAUCUAGUAAGCAUAACAAAGAUGCUGAUUAUUCUAAGGACAAGCGUAGCCAUCGUCACAAAUCCAGGAAGCAUCAUGAUAAGCAUAUUGAUUCAUCUGAUGAUGAGCAUCACAGACACCACCGACACAGAUCCAGUAGGCGCAAGCACGAGGACUCUUCAGACGGUGAGCAUGGUCAUCGACAGAAGUCUAGUAAACGUAUAAAGAAGGAUGAGAAAAGAGUGGAAAAGGAGGAGAGUGCUUCAAAGUCAGAUCAGCCUGAUCGAAAAGCUUCUCUUGAAGAUGAUAAAAUCAUGCACCCACAAAACGAACCAACUCAAGUUUCAGAUGAGCUAAGAGCCAAAAUACGUGCCAUGUUAGCUGAUACCUUGUGAAAUGGUCAGUGAGCAUCUAUCUAGAAGCAUAAAGGUCAUAAAAGCGAUGCCUUGGUGUAAAAGCCAAUCUCUUAGAUGCUUGGAAGUAGGGAUGAAGUCAAGAGUGAGUUUCUCACUUUUGUUGACGUAGGAAAGAAACUCUGCAACGAAAGUUUUAUAAAAUAUUUGUGACUGUUGUCAAUGUGAUAGUGUAUUCAUUACUUGAAGCUUACCCUUAUUGGAUGAAUCUUUCAUGGCCCCUAUUCUCUAUUGAAAAGGCAAAAUAUUAGGGAAAGCCUCCUUUCUUGGGGUUCGAAUCUCUCUUUUUAGAAAAAUCUUGUUAAAUUUCAUUGGUUGGUGCUUUGUUGAAGGUAUUCUUUCAAUUGUUAACAGUUAUGUUUUCUGCUU